AUGACGUUGCUGGUCUUCAGACCAAGGGCACUCCAUUCCAGGCACACCACACCGCAGUAUGCACACACCUCCAUCAAGGAGAUGAACGUGCCACAGCUUCAGGAUCUUGGAUGGGCUCUGGCACAGGUCAAGGAGCGGAUCUUCAGUCAAGGACUCCAGGGCCAUCCUGACCAAGUCCCUUACAUAGUAGUCUUGGAAAGUCUAAUUAAUGACCCCCAUCCUUGGGUCUCUCCUUUCGCUCAUCCAAAGCCUAAGCCCCUUCCAGACUCUAUCCCUUCCCCAAUACCUUCCGCUCCCCCUGUUCCCCUAUGUCCUGCCAAUCCUCCCAAACCCCCUAUUUCUUCUAACUUAUAUCCUGUAAUAGGUGAUUCCGCCUCUUCCCGGCGUCCUAAGCCAAAGAGGAUUCUUCCUCCAGAUGACUCCCCCUUAAUAGACCUCUUAACCGAGGACCCCCCCACCCGUCUCCCCCUCCACCGGCGCAAACACCAAAUUCCUCAGAAUCUGAGGAAGAACCGGAUAACGUGCCGGAGGAAUGCCGCCCCUCACCAUCCCCAAUGGCGGAAAGACUUAGGAGUCGCAAGGAACCAGCACAGGAGGGGUCUUCCAAGCUUCUUCCCCUGUGCCAAGGGGGAGGCAGGCAAUCAACUUCAAUACUGGCCCUUCUCGGCCUCAGACUUAUAUAACUGGAAGUCCCAUAACCCUUCCUUCUCACAGGACCCCAUAGCUUUGACCGCUUUAAUCGAGUCCAUUCUAAUCACGCAUCAACCCACUUGGGAUGAUUGCCAGCAGCUCUUGCAGACUCUUCUCAUUACAGAGGAGAGACAAAAAGUUUUUCUGGAAGCCAGAAAAAAUGUUCUGGGAGACGAUGGAAGACCUACCCAACUCCCGAACGUGAUUGAUGCCGCCUUUCCCUUGACCCGUCCUGACUGGGAUUUCAACACGGCUGAAGAUACCGGGGCACAACAUUCUGUCUUAACUAAAACCCCAGGACCAUUAAGUGACCGGACGGCAUGGGUUCAAGGGGCCACCGGAGGGAAACAAUACCAUUGGACCACGGAAAGGAAAGUACAUUUGGCCUCAGGUAAAGUUUCUCAUUCGUUCCUCCACAUGCCUGACUGUCCCUACCCACUCCUGGGGAGAGAUCUAUUGGCUAAACUAAAAGCCCAGAUCCAUUUUGCACCAAGGGGACCCACAGUGACUGGCCCCGACGGGACUCCUUUGCAUAUACUUACUUUACAAUUAGAAGAAGAAUAUAGACUGCAUGAAAAAGCCCCCCAACCUAAGGGGGACAUAAAAUCCUGGCUCUCAUCCUACCCAAAUGCCUGGGCGGAAACAGGAGGAAUGGGAUUAGGUAUCCAGCAGCCCCCCAUUCACAUACAAUUGAAGGCAACAGCCAUCCCUGUCAAUGUUAGACAAUAUCCUAUGUCUAACGAGGCUUAUCAAGGCAUUAGACCGCACAUACAGCGGCUAUUAGACCAGGGCAUUUUGGCCCCAUGUCGGUCUCCCUGGAAUACUCCUCUACUACCUGUCAAGAAACCUGGUACAAAUGACUACCGGCUGGUCCAGGACCUAAGAGAGGUCAAUAAACGAGUAGAAGACAUCCACCCUACCGUGCCUAACCCUUAUAACCUACUUAGCACCUUGCCUCCGACCCACUCCUGGUAUACCGUCCUAGAUCUAAAAGACACUUUCUUCUGUUUGAGAUUAAGUCCCCAGAGUCAACCCAUUUUUGCAUUCGAGUGGAAGGACCCAGAAUUGGGAAUCUCAGGUCAGUUAACCUGGACAAGGCUGCCACAAGGAUUUAAGAACAGCCCUACGUUAUUCGAUGAGGCCCUUCACCAGGACCUGGCCGAUUUCCGGGUAAGGCAUCCCUCCCUGAUCUUACUCCAAUAUGUCGAUGACAUCUUACUGGCAGCAACAAAUGAGGAGGACUGUCAAACAGGUACUGGGGACCUCCUACGAACCCUUGGCCAAAUGGGAUAUAGGGCAUCUGCAAAAAAGGCCCAGAUUUGCCAGACUAAGGUCACCUACCUGGGUUAUGAAUUGCAUAACGGCCAGUGAUGGUUAACGGCCGCAAGGAAAGAGACUAUAUCCAGCAUUCCAACGCCCCAAACCCACAGGCAAUUGCGGGAAUUCCUAGGGACGGCGGGCUUCUGUAGACUAUGGAUCCCUGGGUUUGCAGAAAUAGCGGCUCCCCUGUACCCCUUGACCAAGCAGGAUGCCCCUUUCGUCUGGACCGAACAACAACAGCAGGCAUUCGAUCAUAUUAAACAGGUGCUCCUCAAGUCCCCAGCGUUAGGCCUGCCGGACAUAACUAAACCCUUUGACCUGUUUGUCGAUGAAAAACAAGGGUUUGCUAAGGGGGUUCUAACUCAAAAACUAGGGCCUUGGAGACGCCCUAUCGCCUACCUCUCUAAGAAGUUAGACCCCGUGGCAGCAGGAUGGCCACCAUGCCUAAAAAUGAUAGCAGUCAUAGUGGUCCUAAUCAAGGAUGCAACUAAAUUGACUUUGGGACAGCCUUUAACAAUCCUGGCUCCACACACAGUGGAAUCUUUAAUUCGCCAACCCCCAGACCGCUGGCUAUCUAAUGCUCGCCUUACUCACUAUCAGUCCCUCCUCCUGGACACAGACAGAAUCCAGUUCAGACCUGUGGUGACUCUCAACCCCGCAACUCUCCUACCCACCCCUGGGGAGGCCCCCUUGCAUGAUUGCCACCAGAUCCUUGUGGAAACGCAUGGGACACAACCUGACCUACCUGACCAGCCCAUGAGGGAUGCGGACCUGACCUGGUACACGGAUGGCAGUAGCUACCUGCAGGAUGGAGAACGACGGGCAGGAGCCGCCAUCACGACCGACUCUCAAAUUGUGUGGGCAAGUGUACUACCAGGAGGCACUUCAGCACAACGGGCAGAGCUAAUCGCCUUAACCCAGGCCCUCCAACUGGCAGAAGUUUUUCUAGACACAUUUUCAGGAUGGGCAGAGGCCUUCCCCACCAAGAAGGAGACUGCCAACAUAGUUGCUAAGAAGUUACUGGAGGAGAUUUUCCCAAGGUAUGGAAUGCCUGAGGUACUGGGGUCAGACAAUGGGCCUGCCUUUUUCUCCCAGGUAAGUCAGUCGGUGGCCAAGCUUUUGGGGAUCGAUUGGAAAUUACAUUGUGCUUACAGACCCCAAAGUUCAGGACAAGUAGAGAGAAUGAAUAGAACCAUCAAGGAGGCUCUAUCUAAAUUACUGCUUGAAACUGGCUCUAAAGAUUGGGUCCAGCUCCUGCCUCUAGCACUCUAUAGGGCCAGAAACACUCCUGGCCCGCACGGUCUGACACCUUUCGAAAUCCUCUAUGGUGCUCCCCCUCCAGCUGUCACAUUCUUUGAGGCAGAUAUCUCUACUCACUCCCCUUCCCCCUCCAUACAGGCCCAUCUGCGAGCUUUGCAGCUGGUGCAACAAGAAGUCUGGAAACCCCUGGCAGCAGCCUACCAGGAAGAACUUAACAUCCCGUCGCGACCCCAUCCCUACAAAAUCGGGGAUACUGUCUGGGUCCGCAGGCAUCGAGCCACGAACCUUGAACCCUGCUGGAAAGGACCUCAUACAGUGCUCCUAACAAUGCCCACGGCACUAAAAGUUGACGGGAUUGCAGCCUGGAUCCACGCCUCCCAUGUGAAGGCGGCACACCCGGACGGACAGACCGAACAUCAUCAGAACUCGGAAUGGACCGUCCAACGCUCCCCAAACCCACUAAAGAUAAGACUCGUUCGCCAUUAGUUCUAUCAUUUUGCUUAUUCUCUCUCCUUUCCCCUAUAAAAGGUACCAGUCCACAUCUCUCCAAGCAAUUAACCUGGCAGGUUCUCUCCCAAACGGGGAGAGUUAUAUGGUCCAGUACAGCCCAACACACCCCUAAUACAUGGUGGCCUACCCUGUAUCCGGAUCUCUGUAAACUGGCUAUGGGGUCUUGGGACAUAGGU